UAUUCAUGUAAUGUUUUUCUCCAGGGCACUGAUUCCUCAGGCAGGUGGCAAGGUCAUCACCAAAUUAUCAGGUUUUCCGGAUGAGAAAAAAAAAAUUCAAAGGCCUCGUCCUACCGUCAGAAGAUUGCAAUUUGAUGACGUGGAGACUGCCAGUCACGCGUCUUCUGAAUCAGACUGGGAACCACCUGGGGCUCUGUCCAGUGAUGAUGCUUCUGAUCGUGAACCUGUAGAGCCGUGUUCGUCAACUCCUAGAACUUCAACAGGUCGGCGUUACCUCAAAUGGAACGAAGCCGACACCAAGAUCAUCUUGGAUUAUUUCAAAAAAUACUUCACCGAAGAUGGAGAAGGAGCAAGAGGACAUCUUCCUGGCACCGUCGAAAUGGAGUCGUUUCUUAAACGACACAAGCUUCGAACACUGAUGCCAUUUCAACAUAAGAGAAAGAUCGAAUUCCUACGAACCAAGAUCUACAACACACAUAAAACGUGUCGAAUGCAAGCGCGCGUCUUCAUGAACAAGUACAUGGGACCCAACAUACCAGGCGGGAGGUAGCUACAACACUUUGAGGACACUCGUGACGGGCAUGCGACAGCGUGCGUGGCGUCUCCAGUUGCCCAGCUUGUAGCAAGGAGGCAAAACACACCGUUGAGCUCCAGUGCAAGUUUCGCCACUCGUACAUGUUGUUGUUGUUCGCCCUCCCCGUCCCGCGACAAGUGCGGGACGGGGCCUACACCCAUUCCUGUGCUGUGCUGUUUUGUUUGUGUGCUGUUUUGUUUGGGAAACUAAUGGAUUUGUUUGGUUGAGUGGGAAUGGUUUUGUUUGAUAGUUGAUGUAUCGUUUUCCAGAGUAUAUGGCUAUUGUGUUUGUUGUCCCAAUGUUGGUCCAAGUGUUCUCUCCAGAUGUUUGUUUUAUGGUCUUGUAUAGCUCUAUCAAUUUCUCUGUUUAACUGCUGUAGCUGCGGGUCUGUGUGAUUUGCAGUUCUGAUUUGAUUUUUUUGAGUUAUGAGAGCUCUAGUGUCGUCUGGAAGAGGUGGUUGAUUUGUUUUUAUUUUGCCUUUGGGAAUGUUGUGUUUGUCCGCUUGGAUUAUGAUGUUUCUGAGGGUUUUAUUUGCGACGUGUAUGUCAGUUGGGUCUGCUACGUUUUCUAGUGCCGAUUCUAUUUCAGUUGAGAAGGAGGCCCAGUCAGCUUUGUGGUAGUUAGUGUAUUUUUUUGUUUGGUGUUGUAGUCGGAAGUUUGUUUUUGUUCUAUAGUCUAGUAGUAUAGGCAGGUGGUCUGAUGAAAGUUCUGUCAGUGUAGUCCAGGUAAUGUUGUUUGCUAUAGUGUCAGAGGCUGUGGAGAUGUCAGGAGAGGUAGGUUGUUGAUUGUUUGUGGUGGGUAGACGAGUAGGUGAGUUUUGGUUGAGGAUGAUGUGGUUAGAGUUCUGUAUGAUGUCUUCUAUUAGUUUGCCUCUGUGGCCAUUGUAAGGUGAGUGCCAGGAGUUGUGGUGGGCGUUAAUGUCUCCUGUGAUGAUUGUGUUUGGUUUAUUGGUGAUGUGGAUUAAGCAUUCGGUAAUGAGUUGAUCUAUUUGGUUGUGUAGUGGGUGAUUGGUGUCUCUGGGAGGGAUGUAUAGGUUGGCUAUGUAAAUGGACUUGUUAUUGGAUAAGUGGACUUGAGAAAUUUGGAGUUCUGUAGCAGCUUGGUUUAUGUUAGGUGGGAUUUGAAUGGCAGAAAAGGUGAUGUUGUCUUUGAUGUAAGUUAGUAGACCGCCACCAUAUUUGUGCGUUCUGUCUUGUCUGAUUGUUGUGAAACCUGCAAUUGUUGGAGUUUUUGUUAUGGGCUUGAGUUUUGUUUCUUGUACAGUGAUAUCUACUUGUUGUUGUUUGGCAAGUAGGGCUAGUUCAUCUAUUUUGUUUGAGAGUGUGUUUAUGUUUAUUUGGAGAACUUUAAGAGUGUUUCGGCUGUUUCCUCUGUUUUUUGGUUGUAGUUGUGGUUUGUUUUGGUUUUGGUUUGGAGGGUUUGGUGGAACUAAUGACUGUGGUUGUUGAGUGGGUCUUUGGGGUGGUAGUGCUGGGUUGUGUUGCUGGGGUAAGUUUUGUUGAAUAUGUGGGUUUAUGGUACUUGGGGGUGCUGUGUGAAGACUGCAGGUCCAGUUGUUAUUGUAAUCUGCUGUUUUGAUUGUGGUGCAUUUUUCAUGAACCCAGUGUAGUGAUCGUGAAUUACAUCGGAAAGACGUCUGUGCCUUAGUGAUUCGGCGGCCACAGAUCUGACACACCCACACCGGUCCCGGGUUAGCUUCAACAUCCCCCGAUCUCAGCAGCAACACCGCCAGCAACACACGGGGGUCCGUGCGCCGGCGCAGCCAAAAAAACAGGCUCUGGGCCUCCCUUUCGGGAGGGGGGGAUUUGGUGAUUGCCGAUUUGGUCCCAUGAUGGGACGCACUCCAACCGCACGCAGGCCGGCAACAUUUGGAGCCUCGUACAUGUCAUCUAGAGCAUCAAUGAGGAGGGGAAGAUAGGAUUUACAGAAAUAAAGAAUUUGGUUUUGUGUAGGAUGGCUGUGUUUUCGAGUGAUGCCCUAGGAUAUUUUGGGAACUCAGCAGUGAAUUUAUAUUGUACUAUCUUUGAUUCUUAAAGUAUAUUUUUUCUAUCUUUUCUACAGCAUCUGGCCAUUUUAUAAGAAAUUGUAUCAGAUUUUGUAAAGGAAAAGUGUAGCUGAGUAUAGGAAAGAAACUAACCGACGAGAUUUACUAGUUAACAAACAGGCUUAAAUGUUUAAUCAAAAUUCGCAUGUGUUGACUUAAUGAAGUAUUUGAUUUAAUCAUUUCAUACUCUUGAUGUUAUUUGGCACCAUAAUAUUAUGGACCCGUACAUCUGCCACUUAACCACUAUUCGUUUGCUUGUGGGUAGUAAAUGGCCCUGAUGUUUUCAUUUGAUGUUUCAAAAAGGAAGUAACGAAUAUUGUUAUUUAGGGUUUGUCACUAUUAUUAAAAUGUUCUUUUCUUGAGGUAUCCCUUACGCGUUUGGUUUGUCACA